GUGUAACUCGUAUCACAUGCACAGGUUAAAGGUUAUGUUUACAUAAAACGGAACACAGCAAAAAUGAUUUAAACGGAUGCUGAAUCGCCCAAAUAUAUGGACGAGCGGAGUUGAAAUGUCAGCCAUGAGUCAGGACGAUGAGAAACAAGCUUUAUUAGGCAACAGGGAUGCAUCAAAAGUUACAGGUUGGGGAUAUCGCCACGCCCUCUCCUUUCUUGCGUUCCUGGGCUUCUUCAAUGUGUACUGUAUGCGGGUCAACCUUAGCGUAGCCAUGGUAGAUAUGGUGAAGGGAGUGAACAACACCGACAACAAAACCAUGAGCAAUGAAUGCCCUGAUGAGAAUAUGAGCAAUUCAACAAAGACACGGGAUGGCGAGUUUGCCUGGAGUAAGGACCUCCAAGGUUACAUCCUGGGCUCGUUCUUCUACGGUUACAUCGUCACCCAGGUACCGGGUGGCUUUCUCGCAGAGAAAUUUGGUGCAAAGUUCUUGUACGGUUUCGGAAUUCUCAUCACAGCCAUUCUCACACUCCUGACCCCUCUGGCUGCGCGAUGGAGCGUGGGGCCGGGGGCGUUCAUAGCUUUAAGGGUUUUCGAGGGUAUUGGAGAGGGAGUCACAUUUCCUGCUAUGCACGCCAUGUGGGGAAAAUGGGCGCCGACUUACGAGCGUUCUAAGCUGGCAGGCUUCUCGUAUGCAGGAGCUCAGAUGGGGACAGUGUUUGCUCUACCGAUCUCAGGCUAUCUGUGUGACAGUGGUUUCCUUGGCGGAUGGCCUUCAGUGUUCUAUGUAUUUGGUGGCAUAGCGUGCCUGUGGUUUGUUGCCUGGAUACUACUGGUCCAUAACACGCCUGCCGACCACCCUCACAUCUCCAAGGAGGAGAGAGACUACAUUGAGGGAUCAGUCGGCAAGAAAGAGCAUCUUCCCACCCCUUGGUUGCAUAUUUUUCGAUGUCGCGCGGUCUGGGCCAUCAACGUUGCACAUUUCGCCAACAACUGGGGUUUCUACACCUUGUUGACCACUCUGCCUAGCUACAUGAAGAAUGUCCUGAAAUUCGACAUACAAACUAACAGUCUUCUCUCAGCUUUGCCGUACCUUGGCUGUUGGUUCGGACAGAACGUGUCGGGAAUCUUUGCAGACUUCCUACGACGUAAUGGAUACCUCUCAACAAGAUCCACGAGGCGAACAUUUACAUUCUUCGGACUGGCCACCCCAGGCGUGAUAAUGAUUUGCAUCCAGUUUGCGGGCUGUAACCACGCUGCCAUUGUUGUCAUGCUGUGCCUGUGUCUGACCGCGGGCGGGUUCACCAUGGGGGGCUUCCAGGUGAACCACAUUGACCUCUCACCAAACUUUGCCGGUGUCCUGAUGGGGUUUUCUAACACAUUUGGCACAAUCCCUGGUUUUUUGGGUCCAGAGGUCGUGGGAUGGCUAACAGCCAAACAAGACACACGCGCUCAAUGGCAGAUUAUCUUCUACAUCGCAGCAGCUAUUUACCUCACUGGGGCCUUUGUCUACAUUUUAUUUUCCAGCAGUACCGAGCAACCCUGGAAUAAUCUGGUGGCGGGGAAAGGUGCAUCGUUUAAGAAUCGUACGGAAAUUUCUGUAAACGUACCACCGCGGGAAAACCAUGCAAUUGAUUGAUCGAUUAUCAAGAACAGUAUUUUAGCAGUUGUACAUAUAGUGGGAAAAUGUUGAAAUUGAGCACAGAGUUGAUAAGCGCUUUUACUUUUGGUAUAAAUACAUAUAUCUUUUACACGUUCAUUAAUCAAACUUUAGUUGAAAUUCUUAUGAUUAAGGAAAAUACAACAAACUCCAUCUUUUGUGUUGAAAAAAAAAGCAAUUUCAAGAUGUUGCAUACCAAUAACUUUUGUGCUGUGUAUGUAAGAACUACCAGAACCAUAGUUGGCCAUCUGCAUGUUAUAUACCAUACUCAUGUUCGAUGCUCGCAAGAUAUGAGCAGCAAAUUAUGAGUAAAAUUUUUACAAGUUGCAGCCACGGUUUAUGACUGGUUUGAAUUGUACAAGGUAAAUUACUUCAUUAAUGGGUUCAAAUUUUAACUAGGUUUUCAAUGAAGUUUUGAUUCAACUUUUGAAGUAGCAAACUUGCAUGGAGACCUACCUUAGGACUGUAUUUUGUGAAUGUUGCUUUAACUAAGAUUAAGAUAACUGCCUCUUAACCCUUUGUCACUUAGAUAAUGUAUUUUAACGUGUUUGUAGUCACUUAUAAAGUUAAAUGUAAUUAAAGACCUUUCUUACUAGAUUCAAGUUUUUAAGGCUUCAUCUCCAACCCUAAGAUACUGAUGAGCAGCAAACAGCACAAAACCUGAACAGACUGCGAGUUACUCACAGGCUGUUCUGGUUUUAUGCUGUUUGUACAUAGCCAUUUUCACGUUGCUUCCGAAUGGGAAAGUGUUUAAUUAUACAAGCUGCUGCAGCUUAACACCUUGAGUUUGGAUGAAGAUAUUACACUGAAAUUGUGUGUGUAUGUAGCUAAGUCUGCUUUCAUGAAAAUUUAGCUCGAGAUUGAUUUUGGGACCAGCUACAUCAAGUUCACUGUUACUAAAAAUAGGAAAACCUCAAACAGGUUGUUUUUGAUUAAAAACUUUGAUUUUAUUUGACAAAUCUUGAUGAAACAUAGGAUAUAGGAUUGGAAAUAUACCUGGGAUCAGUUGGGUCAAUUUUAACGUCUCUGUUCAUAAAAAUGGAAAAAAACUAUUCCCGCUGAAUAUCUGUAGUUUUUGUGCGAGUAUUGUAUAACGGUACAAUUGUUGUAUAUGGGAAGCGUACAUGCAGUUUUUAGCUCGAGACUGCACAAUUAAUUAAAUUGUAUUAAAGGGACCUUUUUAUGUUUUGGUAUAUUGAAUUAAUAAAAAAAAUUGUUUCAGAUUCACAAAAUUGAUGUUCGUUGUAGUUAUGAUAUUUGUGAGGAAACAGUAAUACUGAACAUUUCCCGUUGCUCUAAAAUAUCCAUUACAUGCAUCUUUUGAUUUUUAAACUUGAAAAUUAUAAAGCGUUGCAACUCGAAUAUAUUGAAUAAUUUGGAGAGUUCUGGGGUUGUAUUCCAGAAGCAUCUUAAGUUAAAUUUUAUUCUUAUCAUUAAAUUGGGAAAUUUUCUUAAGUGUUUCAUGUCAUAUUGCAAUAUAUUGGCAUCAAGAUAUACAUUUAAAUAACAUCAUAAUGCCAAUGUUAUUUUAUGAAUACCAAAAAAACAUGUGUUUCCUUAUUUAGUAAAGAAAUACAAAACAUUGAAAUUUUGAACUUAAGUGAAAUUAUUUCAGAAAUGACUUAAGAUGUUUCUGGAGUACCACCCCAGGCUAUUGUCAUAAUAUUUUGUGACACUAGGAGGAUAUGGGUACGGAUGGCCGAAUGGUCUAAGCAUUAGACUUUUACUCUAGGGGUCAGUGGUUCGAGCCCAGUUAGGGUUACUUAUUUCUUUCUUUAAUUUUAUUCUUGUUUUUUAUCCAAUGUUUACAUUUAUCAAUAUAAAGCAUUUAAUGACAAACUUUAAAAUUUGCCAAAAUCUGUGAAAAGGUACCUUUAGAAACUAAACGUUUUAAAAUGUUGAAAACCUGGUUGUGUGACAUAUUGCCAUGUUUCUUGUUUAUUUAUGACGACAUUUGGCGCAUAUCAGGGUUCAUAAAUCCAAACUAAAAAAUCCAUGUGUGUUUAUUUAUUUGUGUUUUUUUUUGUUAUAAGAAAUUAUUUAAUGUUUAGUGUAUUGUUUGUUUCACAAAAAUAUUUUAAUACAUACAAGUUUACAAUUUGCUUUUAUUUAUUGCAGGCAAAUUUUAUGUAAAUUUUACAUUAUUGUUGUUUACAGCUUUAUAAUAACUAUAGACAUGUGGUAGAAUCAGAGGUCAAAACAUUUUUCUUUUGUUAAUUGAUAUGCUGUUUUAUUUAAACCCAGGAUUUGUACCAUGAAGACCAUGGAAUAUUUUAGGCUUUCCUGUGGCUAAUUGGGAAAGUCAGUGUUUAUAGCUUCUAACUCACCGUUGCAUACAGUGUACAAAAUAUUGUUCAUAAUUCUAACUGUUAAACCGUUUUAUAACAUAUUUACCUGUACUUUAAUGUUAUGAUGUUUUAAGAACCGCACAUUUCUCUAUGUUAUUUCUGUUUUAAAUGUGCACAAUGGGUGAAGAAGCAUGUAAUGAAAAUUCAAACUUAUCUUUUUUUUAAAUAUUUAAUUUGUUUAACAACUUGUUUACUCACAAUCAUAGAUAAUAAAUAAUUAUUGGCUAAGUUUUUAAAUAAUGUAACAUACGGGAAGUAUCCAUUAUAAGUUACAAAAUAUCACUGUGUUACAUUUUCAGAUCAGCAUUUAUAUAAUGGAUGAAAUAAUUCUGUCCUAGGUAGUAUAAUGGUGACAUAUGUGAUUAAUUUAAACCUCUCCAAUACUCAAGACAUUAGAAACUGAGAUAGAAUAUAUGAGCUUUUUUACUGCAAACAUUUAUUGAAAAUAUAAUGUUUUUUAAUAUGAAUCAAUUAUUGUUCUAAGGGUUUAUGAAUGUAAAUUGUAAUGCUUUUAUUAUCUUGUUCUCCUGUGCGUUAUUUGCCAAACAUAUUUUUCCCUAAGUAAAGUCCCGAAAAUUCCCAACGGAUGGUAUUUUCAUGUUUGCUGCACUAUGUAAUUCCCGAUUCAUGACAUACUGUGCAAUAUUUUAAUUGCAGAAAGGUUUGCCAUGAUAUUGAGUGCGUUACUGUUAUCUUUUCAAAAUACUCAUUUAUUCUUAUAA